UCGUCAUCACUCACCGUCAAUCCGCGUCGCGCAAAAUCCAACGGCUACCGACGCAGGUGCAGUUAGCGGACGCCUCUAAAAUACGCGGCAGCCUCGCCACCCUGGUUCAUAAAAGCUCAGUGCCUCUCUGUCUCCCCAUCUCCCCUCUCUCACCACGAGUCACUGCGUGCUUCUCUCGUUUCUCUCAACGACUAUUCGCAAAUCUAUGUAAGUUCUUACCUAGUCCAUCUUUCGCUAAUUCUUCGUCGUUCUUUCAGUCCAGUUGUUAGCUAAAGAUCUGUAACAGAAAUGUUAUGAUCUCGGCUAUAUACGGCGAUCAGAAAAUUCUGAUGCUUUAGCUAUAGACUCAAUUAUUUUGUUCUAUUGAGCUGUUUGGAUGCGAUAAAGUUGUGUUGGAUAUAAAGCCAUGCGAUCUUUACUGUUCUUUGAGGAUGAUUUUGUAUUGAAUGUGCAAAAUGAGAACUGAGAUUUAGGGUUUAAGUUAUUGAUUUCUGAAAUUGUGUUCUGGUGUUGUGGUUAUUUCGGGAUUAAUGAGUGGUUGCUCGGGAAGUUGGGGUUUUGAGGUGGGGAUCUGGUGAUUGUUUUGUGGAGGCCAAAUCUGAUGCGACGUCGGCCCACGGCGAGCUUAUUGCCUGAGCACAUGGAGAAGGGAUCAGUGAAGAAUCAACAAAGCCGGCUUUGUUGCCUAGCAUCAUUGGCGGCGUUUUUCUGGUUCAUGUUGUUGUAUUUUCAUUUUAUUGUGCUUGGAGGUAGCCCUAUUGGUGAGUCGGUGAACUUGCAGCCUAAUCAACUUACAACUCGUCAAAUACAACCUGUUCCAGUUAGUUAUGAGUCCUCGACAGCCCGUGUAGAGGCAGCUCAGCAGACAACGACCCAUGAAGAAACCCAGAGUCAGAGUACCCAUCAUCCAGCAAUAACCCAUGAGGAGACACAGAGUACCCAUCAUCCAGCAAUGACCUAUCAGGAGACUCAGAGUACUCAUCCUCGAGAGUUGGAUAAUUAUCUAUUUAUGAGGGCUUUGAGAACCAUAGAGAACAAGAGUGAUCCAUGUGGUGGAAGGUAUAUUUAUGUUCAUGACCUUCCUCCUAGGUUCAACGAGGAUAUGCUUAAAAAGUGUAAGAGUCUUAGCCUUUGGACUAACAUGUGUAAAUUCAUGACUAAUGCGGGGCUUGGUCCCCCGCUUGAGAAUGUGGAAGGUGUAUUCUCAAAUACUGGAUGGUAUGCAACAAAUCAGUUUGCCGUUGAUGUCAUUUUUAGCAAUAGAAUGAAGCAAUAUGACUGCUUGACACAUGAUUCUUCGAUUGCUGCAGCUAUUUUUGUACCCUUUUAUGCAGGGUUUGAUAUAGCACGUUAUCUUUGGGGCCACAAUAUAUCAGAGAGGGAUGCAGCUUCACUAGAUUUGGUUGAUUGGCUUAUGAAGAGACCAGAGUGGAAAAUUAUGGGAGGAAAAGACCAUUUUCUUGUAGCAGGGAGGAUAACAUGGGAUUUUAGGAGGCUUACUGAUAGUGAAGUGGACUGGGGUAACAAGCUUCUGUUUUUACCAGCUGCAAAGAAUAUGUCCAUGCUUGUUGUUGAGUCGAGCCCAUGGAAUGCAAAUGAUUUUGGUAUCCCAUACCCUACAUACUUCCAUCCAGCAAAGGAUGCUGACGUGUUCACUUGGCAGGAGAGGAUGAGGAAACUGGAGAGAAAAUGGCUGUUCUCUUUUGCUGGUGCCCCACGUCCUGACAACCCCAAGUCAAUAAGGGGGCAGAUCAUCGAUCAGUGCAGGAAAUCUAAGGUUUGUAAGUUGUUGGAAUGUGAUUUUGGGGAGAGCAAAUGUCAUUCUCCCAGCAGUAUAAUGCAGAUGUUUCAGAGCUCCCUUUUUUGCCUACAACCUCAAGGCGAUUCAUACACUCGUCGGUCUGCUUUUGACUCAAUGUUGGCAGGCUGCAUACCUGUUUUCUUUCAUCCAGGUUCGGCCUACACACAAUACACUUGGCAUCUUCCAAAGAAUUUUUCAAAAUACUCCGUAUUCAUUCCAGAGGAUGAUAUUCGCAAGAGGAAUGUUAGCAUAGAGAACAGGUUGACCCAAUUAUCUGCUGAGCAGGUCAACUCAAUGAGGGAGGAUGUUAUUAAUCUCAUUCCAAGGCUGAUAUAUGCAGAUCCUCGCUCUAAAUUGGAGACUCUUAAAGAUGCCUUUGAUGUUUCUGUACAGGCAGUUAUUGACAAAGUUACCAAGUUGAGGAGGGACAUCAUUGAAGGCCGUACGGAUGACAAUUUUGUGGAAGAGAAUAGUUGGAAGUAUGCUUUACUAGAGGAAGGACAGCGUGAGGUGGGAUCGCAUGAAUGGGACCCAUUCUUCUCAAAACCAAAGGAUGCUAAUGGAGAUUCAGGUGGUUCUUCUGCAGAAGCAGCUAAAAAUUCCUGGAAGAAUGAGCAAAGAGAUCGAUCAUGAGUAGGGGAAUAGGUUAUAUAUAGAACUUUUAGUAAUGCCUUAACCAUGCAGGCAGGAGCUUAAAACAAAAUUGCCUGCUACAAGUUAGAUGUGGGACACAGAAUGAUGCAGGAACCUUCGCAUAUUUGACACCGUACUCGGGCGCUGACACGGCGCGUCGCUUUGGAGCGACGACCUAGCCCACCCUCGCCCACAUUUCGCUACACCUACUUUGCUUUAUUUUUAUACCAUUUCAUUUCCCAAACUAAAUGUAAUGUUAUAGGUUAAAAAUAUUCUUAUAAUUUUACUAAACUGAUGACAUAAUGCACAUGUUAUUCAUUAUAA